GCUCUACCACGACAAACCAUGGGCUCUUGAUUGGGUAGGUGACCUUCAUAUGCCGGGUUGCGGAGCCGUUGUCUUCUUGAGCGAUGACAAUGGCCUGAGUUGGUACUGCUGCGGAGGGGUGGAGAAAUCGGAAGCGGGGAGGUUUACCUACGACGGCAGGAAGUUCAGGACAUUCUUCCUUACGUCUGUCUAUGACAGAGAGGGGAAAAACUGGGUCAAGGAAGACAAGAAGGUGUCUCUUGAUCAUCGGCUCUUCCAAGGGUACGGGGUCAAGGCUUUGUCUAUGAAAGAGUUUGACGUGCGCGGGAACGGAACGGAGUUCCAAAUGCUGGAUCCGGAAAAAUUUCUUUCCAAAACCGAUGGCUACUGCGUCACUGGGUCCCUGCCUGUCGUUGACAGCGCUUUCAUGCUCAGCAGACCUUUGGUCCAAUUCAACAGCCCGACGGACCAACUCGCAGCUUUCGUUAUGCGAUACAGGGAAGAGUUCGCGAGGCUGCCUGCUGCCCAGCAAGUUCACCGUGUUUUCGUGCCGAUUGACGCCCCGUCUUUGUCGGCUGCAGGGGCCAAAUGGCGCCAGGAUCAGCCGGCCGGAGCGGGUGGAAAGAGGAAGCAAUUGGCGACUGCCCCGCCUUCGUCGGCUGCGGUUGUCCAGGCUCUGCCCGCUCCAGUUCCGCCCUCGGAUCGGCAAGCUCGCGAUGCGGCCGAGCAGUACAGCGAGGCCACAGACUACGACAACGGAGCUGUGCCCUAUCGGGCUGGUCCGCAGCAUCGUUCCCGGGGCGGUGCAGGUGCCUUCGAUGACGAGGAAUGCGAGGGCCAAGAUGGGGAGGGCGGUGGUUGGGAUGGGGAGGGCGGUGGUGAGGAGGGGGAGGGCGGUGGUGAGGAGGAGGAGGGCGGUGGUGAGGGGGACGACGGUAACGAAGGAGAUGCUGAAGGUGAGGACGAUGGCAUGGACGAGGAGAGAGACGAUGUUGGUGAGGAAGUCGAAGACAAUCGCUCCUCCCAAUUUCACCGUCGCCACCAGAACGAAUCGCGGGGGCGCUGUGAGGAUGACGCCUGCUGCGCCGGUGACGCGGUCGAUGCUGGUGGCCAACCUGCAGCCUCCCGCGGAAUAUCGCAGUCCUAUGACCAUGCCAUGCGACAAGGAGACGAACCUGGCUCACGGGGAAAGCGAAAGAGGGGAGAGGCGUCGACCUCUCCUGCGAGUCGAACAAAACAGGCGAGGGCCGACGCCGUCAAUGAAGCUCGCGGAGCGUUGAUGGCAUCACAGGAAGCGUGGGCUCCUCGGAAAACUGGUGGGGGGGGCCGAAGUGGCAGUCGCGGGGGCAGUCGCAACGGCGGUAGGAAAGGCUCGCAGAGGUCCAGGGCACCUGAGCUGCGGGACUCGGGGGAUGAGGGCGAGGGGGUGGGGCCUCGCAUGCCCGAAGAUAUUGAAGAGUUGGUUCAGCACGCCACACCCGUGGACACGACACGAUGUUUCUUCCUUGAAUACGACGAACAGGGCUUCGCCAGGCAAGACGUCCAAGUUGUUAACGUCGACGUUAAUAGGAUCAAACCCAUUCCCCGUGGGAAGAUCCUUUUUAACCAGCGUUCGUUGUUUGAGAACAUUGUGAGAGGCAUCGAGAGUGCCAUAGAAAGCUCCAUCAGUGCUGACCCGGGGGUGUGGGAUAGACUUGAGCUCGUUCUUACGCCGGUUGACCCUAACGUCAUCGUCGGUGGGCAGGGAAGGCGAAUCAUGCUGGACGAGUUCUUCCAAAGAGAUUGUGCAGAGUUCGACUCAUACGCUGUCUGCGGUCAGCAUACUGCCGAGGCUAUGAAACGGUUGGUUGGAAAGGACUCCCUCGCGGUCAAAGUCUACGGCCUCCGCACAUACGCUAAAGUGCGAGUCGAUUUUUUCGAUGAUGACCACACAUGCGGGUACUUCAAUGUCUCCCUCUUCGACAACACACGAGAGAAUCGCGCCAUGAUGUUAUCCUUCCAGGACGCUGUGCGUGAUAUGCGGCAAUGGCAGACCACAUUGCUUCCUGUAUGCAUGCGGUCAAAGGAGGUUAUGGCGGCGCCCGUCGACAUCAUCGCAGCCGCACAAAAAAUGACAUGCAGGGCCGCCAUCGUGGACAUCUCGGCCGCGAAUUUCAAGAGUGCAUGGACCUCGCAGGACUUCGAUGCACUGUACGCAAUGAUGGCGAAGUGUUGUGGUCCAAAUUGGGUCCUCUUCUUUUUUGCACCGCAGAAUGUGCAAAGCGAUGUCUUGCGUCAAUUGUACCGUUGGGAGGACAUCAAGCUCAUCCCCGGGUCAUGGAAACGCGUGGAUAGGCCGCCGAGCGACGUCACAAAGUACGGCAACAUCGCUACGAGCAGUCGGGACCUGAUGGCGAUCGUGCUGCACGCUGAAGGAGGGGAUCUGAAAAAAGUAACUGUCGCACCCCGACUUGAGAACGAUCUCACCGAAGUGCAUGUUGUGGAGGAAAAGUUCGGGAAGUGUCUCGGAAAACACGGUGGCGUCGAAGGCGACGAAAGUGCCGCAUAUUCAAUUUGGGAGCGAGAACCUGGCAAGUUGUGGAAGUUGUGCAGUUCAUUCGUAGGAGAGGCGGAAGGUGUGCUUUUGCUGGGUAGGGCGCACGCGGGUCUUUUAGAGUACUCACACAAGUUUUACGAGCUGCAGUCGAGCCCCUCGUACGGCAAGAUUGACUGGAAGGUUGAGCGCGCCGCCUCGCUCGAGAGCAUGGACGUGGACUCCCGAGAAGAUGUCGCCGCUGUGCCCGAGGCGGCCACAGGGAACAUGAUGGGUGAACAAAGGGAAGAUGGCGGGACGACGCUGGGUGUGACGCCUCCGUUGCCAGAGACGGGGAACACGCCCGCAGGCAAAAACACCAUCGGAGCCAUCUCUGUCGCAAUGGGGGAUACAUCACAAGGUGAAAAAGUGUCACUCCACAAGCCGACGGAUGCGGGCGCCACAUACGGGAGUCUCCUCGCAACAGGUGCGACGCUGGCAGGCACAUCGGAGAUGGUGUCAGAGUCCACUGUUGGGAUGGGCGUCACGGGGAUGUCGUUGCAUCCGCCCACAUGCACUAGCAAAGGUGACGCACACUGUACAACAACACCACCGGGAGGGGUUACAGGGGAUGACGGGAAUGGGGGAAAUGCAGGGGGGUCUCCACGUUCUCGCAAUAUUGAGGACAUGACGACGGACGAUGAGGACGGGGUAGAAGGCGGAAAGGGCGUGAGCGAUCCCAUAGGUGUAGAAAAUGAGGGGUGAGAUAGGGAAUGAACUUGAGGGGAAUCC